GUCGUCGUCAUCGUCGUCAUCGUCUUCGUCGUCAUCGUCAUCGUCUUUGUCGUUCAGGUGGUCACCGUCGACGUCGUCCAGGAUCGCGAAUACGGAGUAGAGAGCGGUGGCAGGUGGGUGAGAGUCACUCUUUGGGUCACCUGCAGUAUGCCCAGGCGGAUAUUAUGGCUGCAGGUGAGGCCAACACGGCGAAGCCUCGUCAGGAGAAGCAGUACGACUACCUGCUCAAGUUUCUCCUGGUGGGCGACAGUGACGUAGGCAAGCAAGAAAUCCUGAGCGGCCUCGAGGACGGGGCCGCGGAGUCGCCCUUCUGCAGCGGCAGCGCUUAUAAAACAACCACUAUUUUACUGGAUGGGAAACGAGUGAAGCUGCAGCUAUGGGACACAUCGGGCCAAGGUAGAUUCUGCACAAUCAUUCGGUCCUAUUCCAGAGGUGCUCAGGGUAUACUUUUAGUGUACGAUAUCACCAACAAAUGGUCCUUUGAUGGUAUCGACAGGUGGCUGAAAGAAGUGGAAGAGCAUGCACCUGGUGUACCAAAAGUAUUGGUUGGCAAUCGUCUGCAUUUGGCUUUCAAGAGACAAGUCGGAGAACGAGAUGCGGAGACUUACGCAGCUAAGAAUCGAAUGGCGUUUUUCGAAGUCUCGCCUCUCUGCGACUUCAAUAUUCGCGAGAGCUUCUCGGAACUCUCUCGCAUGGCGCUGCAUAGGAACGGCAUGGAAAGAUUAUGGCGAUCCAACAAAGUGCUCAGCCUACAAGAGUUGGCGUGUCGCGCGAUAGUAGCCCGGACGACGGUUUAUGGCAUCGACCAGCUGCCAUUACCCAAGUCGAUCAAGUCACACUUGAAGUCGUACGCGAUGACGACCACGACGACCCAAUUGCGCUACAACGGCAACCGUUCGUCGAGCUCCAGCAAGAGUCUAGGAUCGCAUCGGAAACUGCGCUUUGUCGGGGUCGGACACAACAACGGAUUGUCGACCCCCGGAAGCUCACCCGGCAGCAUCACCGAUUCACGUACGAGUUGCGUCGGUCGCAAUUCCUGCACAGUGUCUUGAGAAUGGCAGAGAGAGAGAAAGAGAAAGAGAGGGAAGAGAUCAUCAGGGUAGCUGGUUACUUGCAAAAACGAUACACUUAGCACAAUCGGGCCUUCUUCCUUCACAUUCCCCUCCCUUCUUCCCUGUUUUUAGAGAAUUACAAAUACGUGUUUCGCGGACUAUCUCGAUAAUUAAUAGCGAUUAAACUAUCUGCGAGAUAGUAUGAAUAUGCAGGGUGUCCCAAAAGUCUUGCAACUGUCCAAUAUCUCGAGGCAAAGGCUUUUUAAAGAAAAUGUUUAAAAUAAAAGUUAUAGAGCUUUAAGUGGCGCAUUAAAUUGUAAUCCCAAGUAGCAAACUGACGUCAUUCAACGUCAAAAUAAUGUACGUUUGCUAUCUGGGAUGUUAGUAUGAUUAUAAACAGCAUUGUUAAGGCCAUGUUUAUUUUGAAAUUUUUAAGUGCGAAUUAUAAUGCUUGAAGUUUGCAGUGUUUUGACAUAAAAUAUGAUACAAAAUAUCUUGUAAAAUUUUUAGUUUUUGA